AUGGAUUGGGAUGCUUUGUGUUUCAAUGUUGCCACUUUGAUUGCGGGCGUGUUUGUCCUUGACUAUGGCGCAGACAAGUUCAUCCACCACACUGUUAUUGUCGGGCGGCGCCUGGGCAUCUCGCAAACUAUCAUUGCCCUCUUGACAGCAGGCGCGGAAUGGGAAGAGCUCGCUGUGGUGGUUGCCGCCAUCCUGCAGCAUCGCAGCCCCCUGGCCCUCGGGAACGUCAUGGGCUCGACUAUCUCCAACAUUCUCGGCGCCUUUUCUUUAGGGCUACUCUUUUACCCCCCACGGUCUGGAAUCGUCGGUGGGGUCUUGAUUGCCAUCUUCGCUCUCUACAUCGUCUCUAUCAUCUACGCUAUCUACAAGGGUGUAGCCUCGCCCCCAGAGCUAUCGGACAGUGAUAGCGAUGGGGAAUCCAGUGAUAGCGAUGACGGCGAAUUCGUCAAUCAUGCCCCGGUCUCCGAGACCUCUCCUCUCAUCGAGAAUGAGCAUGCGCCGUCAUCAACAGACAAAGGGAGCAGAAGAAGUAGAAGCCUUGCCUACCACAUAUUCCAUUUCAUUCUCGGAUUCAUCUCGCUUUCUCUGUCAGGAUACAUCCUCUCCCAUAGCGCCGUCACUAUCGCCGACUCCCUGCAUCUCUCGGGAACAGUCUUCGGUCUGACCGUUAUCUCCUUUGCCACUACUCUCCCAGAGAAACUGGUUGCAAUCCUCAGUAGUUCCCGCGGCCACGGCGGCAUUAUGGCUGCGACGACGGCAGGAAGCAACAUUUUCCUGCUGACGCUCUGUGUUGGUGUCGUUGCAGUGGCUGGGUACCAGGUACAAGAGGCGGAUAAUUUUGUGCUUUUUGAGCUGGUGGCAGUGUGGGUGUCCUCCCUUUUAUUUUGUGCUGUCAUCUUUUUCGGACUAGGGAGGAGUGCAGGUGUUGUGCUCUUGGUUGCCUACCUCGUGUUCCUGGGCCUGGAGUUUACCGUUUACCGGCGGUGA